ACAACCCCAAAACCCUAACCCGGACGCCUCCAUACCGCCGCCGCUCGAGCUCUCCUCUCUCGCUUCGCGCCGCCGCCGCUGCAGGCAACCGCCGCCGCCGUCGCCGUCGCCGGAUCCAAGACACCUCGCCUGACGCCAUGGGGCGCAUGCACAGUCGCGGGAAGGGUAUCUCGUCGUCGGCUCUGCCGUACAAGAGGAGUCCCCCGUCCUGGGUCAAGAUCGCCACUACCGAAGUCGAUGAGAUGAUCACCAAGGCUGCGAAGAAGGGGCAGAUGCCCUCGCAGAUCGGCGUGCUGCUCCGUGACCAGCACGGUAUCCCGCUCGUCAAGAGCGUCACCGGAAGCAAGAUCCUACGCAUUCUCAAGGCCCAUGGUCUGGCGCCAGAAAUCCCCGAGGACCUGUACUUUUUGAUCAAGAAGGCUGUUGCCAUUAGGAAGCAUCUUGAGAGGAACAGGAAGGACAAGGAUUCCAAAUUCAGGCUCAUUCUUGUUGAGAGCAGGAUCCACCGCCUGGCCCGUUACUACAAGCGCACCAAGAAGCUUCCACCCACCUGGAAGUAUGAGUCUACCACAGCUAGCACCCUGGUCGCUUAGGAGAGCUCUUCCGCUGGUGUGCUCUUUACAUGCGUCAUGUUGGUCUAGAAUUGUCAUUUUUAUGUAACGCUUUUGAGUUUGGAGCGAGGUAGAUGGACAAGAGACCAAACGUUUCUGUGUUUACUCAGAGAAUCCUAUAAACCAUUUUUGGUUUCGCAAUUCCAGUCUGUUAUAUUUGACAUGCAUCCACAUUUCAUACCUUACACCUGGCAGUUGUGGUAAUUUCCCGUU